UGAUUUAUUCAUUUUUCUCUUUAACAAAUCGAACUAGUUUUAAACGAUCCAAAGAAUUCUCAAAUGCUCCACUCGCUCAGCUUGGGAUUGUGAAGAAUAUUCCGGCAUUAGCUGCUGCCGUCGCCCAAAGCUGGGUUUUUUAUUAUUAAAGAUGCGCUCUUCCGAGUGUCUUACGCUGCCAAAUCGGGAUUUCUCUCCUUCAUCGAGCGACUGCUAGCUUGCAUGCUCGGAUUCAUCGCGUGAAGCUGAAAAGAUGGGAUCUUGAACUGGUUUCGCGACCUUAUCGGCCGCCGAAACUCUGAAAAAGGUUAUUGAAUCCAGGAACGAGCUGCAGAUGUCUUCGUAGCACAUCUACGCAACUUGUUAUCUCAGCAAACGACCGUCAAAAGUCUUUUCUGCGAACUGGAGCGGCUAAGCAGAGAUUCAGUCAUUUAUGGUGAUAAUCUCCUGGAGGCCAACGAGAAUAAGGAAGAGAAAGUGAAAGGACCAAACAAGCCGAAAAAAGGGGGAAGGAUCCCGAUUGUGUCUUUGUAUUCCAUGCUCGACCCAUCAAGCUUUGGGAGUCUUUAUGUUUCUCAGAAACAGGCGGUUUGAUUGCUGGAGGAGUAUUGAUUAGUCAGUUUUGGUUUUCCUUGGAGGCCAUUUUUUAGCAUAAGGUGUUAUCUUUCUUGCAAGGAUGCAACGAGCAGUUCUUGUUGCAAUAGCUGCCUCAUUUGGAAACUUGUUGCAGGGGUGGGACAAUGCUUCCAUUGCAGGUUCUAUUAUUUUCAUUAAAAAGGAAUUUAAAUUGGAGAAUCACCCUGCUGUUGAAGGGCUAAUAGUAGCAGUAUCACUUAUUGGUGCUAUGAUUAUUACGACAAUAUCCGGAGCAGUAUCAGACUGGGUUGGUCGGCGACCCAUGCUAAUUAUCUCUGCUGUUCUCUAUUUUCUCAGUAGUUUGGUCAUGUGCUUCUCCCCCAACGUCUAUGUUUUGCUCCUGGCAAGACUCAUCGAUGGAUUUGGAAUAGGUCUUGCUGUUACACUUGUUCCAGUAUAUAUUUCAGAGAUUGCUCCAGCAGAUAUGAGGGGAUUAUUGAAUACACUUCCGCAGUUCAGUGGUUCCCUUGCUAUGUUUCUUUCCUAUUGUAUGGUAUUUGGACUGUCAUUAAAGCCAAAUCCAGACUGGAGAUUGAUGCUCGGUGUUCUUUCCAUUCCUUCCCUUCUGUAUUUCUCUCUUGCCUUUUCUUAUUUGCCGGAAUCCCCAAGGUGGCUCGUAAGCAAAGGACGAAUGUUGCAGGCAAAACUGGUUUUGCAGAGAUUACGUGGGAUAGAAGAUGUUUCAGGAGAAAUGGCCCUUCUUGUUGAGGGUUUGGAUAUAAGUAGUGAGACAUCCAUCGAGGAGUACGUAAUUGGCCCUGCAAAUGAGCCCACUGAUGAUGAGAGAGUAAUUGCCGAUCAGGAACAAAUCAAAUUGUAUGGAGCAGAAGAGGGUCUUUCUUGGGUGGCUCGGCCUGUUAAGGGAAGCAUCCUUGGUAGUGCAUUAAGUGUUCUGUCUCAUCAUGGUAGUUUGGAAACACGUAUUAAAAUACCACUAAUGGAUCCUCUGGUGAUUCUAUUUGGAACUGUCCAUGAGAAGCUACCUGAGACAGGCAGCAUGUUUUUUGGUAGUGUCCGAAGCGCACUGUUUCCUAAUUUUGGAAGCAUGUUUAGUGUGACGGAGCAGCAACCUAAAAACGAGGCUUGGGAUGAAGAGAGUCUUCAGCCUGAGGGUGAAGACUAUGCAUCUGAUGCAGGAGGAGGUGAUUUGGAUGACAGUUUAGAAAAUCCACUAAUCACACGUCAAACGACAACUGUGGAAGGUGGAGAAAUCGCCCCGCCUCAUGAGAGUGUUGGCAAUAUGUGGCAAGCUAGUCUUGUGCAGGAUAAUUCUGGUGUGGCAGUUAGUAGCAUGGGUAUUGGCGGGGGAUGGCAAGUCGCUUGGAAGUGGAUUGAAAGAGAAGGUGACGAUGAGACGAGAGGAGGAUUCAAGAGAAUUUAUCUACACAAGAAGGGUGUUCCUGGGUCACAAAGAAGUUCCUUUUUUUCGAUUCCAGGAGGUGAAGCCUCAGAAGGCAGCACAUUUUUCCAAGCUGCUGCUUUGGUGAGUCAGCCGGCUCUUUAUUCAAACGAGCUAAUGAACCAGAACCCUAUUGGACCAGCCAUGAUUCAUCCAUCGGAAAUUGCUGCUAGAGGCCCAUUCUGGUCAGAUCCUUAUGAAUCUGGAGUACGACACGCUUUGUUUCUUGGAAUUGGGAUCCAAAUCCUUCAGCAGUUUGCUGGCAUAAAUGGGAUUCUGUAUUACACUCCCCAGAUACUCGAGCAAGCUGGUGUUGAAGUCAUCCUUUCAAACAUCGGCAUCAGUUCAGACUCAUCGUCUAUACUUUUUAGUGCUCUGACAACAUUGUUAAUGCUCCCUAGUAUCGGCAUUGCCAUGAGGCUCAUGGAUAUCUCAGGGAGAAGGUUCCUUUUACUAUCCACAAUUCCUAUCUUAAUAGCUUCGCUGGUUGUCUUAGUCCUUGCCAACCUUAUCAAACUUGGAACAGUGGUUCAUGCGGUGUUCUCUACCGGCAGUGUUAUCAUAUACUUCUGUUUCUUCGUGAUGGGAUUUGGACCCGUUCCGAAUAUCCUUUGUGCUGAGAUAUUCCCGACCCGGGUUCGUGGUCUGUGUGUAGCUAUCUGUUCACUCGCAUUCUGGAUUGGCAACAUUAUUGUGACUUACACAUUACCUGUGAUGCUUGCCACCAUUGGCCUUGCCGGUCUCUUUGGGAUUUAUGCAUUAGUUUGCACCAUAGCUUUUAUGUUUGUGUUCUUAAAGGUUCCUGAAACGAAGAGCAUGCCUCUUGAAGUCAUCACAGAGUUCUUUAAUGUUCGCACAAAACGAGCUGCCACACGAAAUUGAUCGGAGCAUCCUCAUGAUUUCUUGUGAGUCUUUGAAUUCCAUGUGAGAUUAUCUAGAAGCAUGAUCAAUCUACAAAGAUCUUCUUUCCACUAUGUUUUUUUUGCAUCUUGUCAUGUAAUCAUGAAUCUUUUCCUUAAUUUUUUUAUAAUGAAGAUUUGGAGUUUGAUCAA